AUGGUUCUUUCAUCUCGAGCCCUGUAUGACCGCGGUCCAAGGCUCCUAAGAGACAUUUGGGCGCUCACCGGUAUCGCAAUUUUCACUGUCGGUCUGAGGGUGGCUGCAAAGCUAAGGAUCAGAAAAUUUGGGUGGGAUGAUAUUCUCAUGGUUUCGGCCUUGUGCCUGACUAUAGUCGGAUCAGCUCUGAUUACUGUGGGCGUCAAAUACGGGUUCGGCCGCCAUGUUUGGGACCUCGACACGGAUACGGUGGUGCCCAAAGUGAUCAUGUUCGAUUAUUUGACACAAACAUUCGGCAUUGCUGGUGGCACUUUUGGUCGCAUUUCCUUCAUUGUCUUUGUCAUUGAGCUACUAGGCACUAGAAGGUCACACAGAGUGAUACUGUGGAUCAUACUUGUGUUACAAAUAUUGACCAACGUGCUAUUAAUCAUCAUUCUAUUUGUCCAAUGUCCAGGACACGGUUCCGCUAUCUGGACGAAGGAUGGGGGAAAAUGCUGGGAUGUCCGCGUCCAAGCAUACUACGGGUACUACCAAGGUGCAUUUAAUUCGGCCACAGAUCUUUAUCUGGCAGUUUUUUCAACAUACAUCUUCUGGAAUUUGAAUUUGAAGUUAAGAGUCAAGUUGGGCUUAGUCACUCUCCUCGGAUUGGGCAUUUUUGCAAUGGCAGCAUCCGUUAUAAAAGCAGUACAAACCCGAGUCCUCGCACACGCACACAAUGAUCCGACUGUUGCAACUGUGAACUACGAUCGCUGGAUAUACAUUGAAGCCUACGUAGUGAUCAUCACGGCGUCGAUACCUUGCAUCAGAUCCCUGAUUCGAACCGUUCGAGGAGGGACAACCGGAACCGGACGAAGCACAUACGAGUUGAGUUCGCCAUAUGCUGGAAGCUCUGUGCCCACACCCAGAAACCGGAGGUCAGCACCAAAGUCGAUGAUACGCAUACCCGAUAAUUCCAGCGUGGAUGAUAUCUUGGAGAGGAAUAAUAAUAAUGAGGUUGAGGGAGUACACGAAGGAGCGGAAUCGAAAAAGUCGGUACAUGUCUAUGUAUAA